CUGCAGUGGUUUAAGAGCUAGUAGGCGUAACCAUUCGUUCCCAGUCGAGCGUAUAUAUGUAUAUCCAACCAUGAACGGGCCAGCCUUAUAUAAUACAAAAGCCAAAAAUGGAUAAACCCAGUUCUAUAAAUGUGGAAAGGUCAGACACAUUAAUAUAUAAUAAACAAGAAUUAUAUGGAUAGUUUGGAACUAAGUUGGGUAGGUGCUAGAAGCUUUUAUUCAUAUUCUAGAUUUCAUAACCUACCGACAAUAACUCAUACCCUCGUCUGACAUUGAGGUUGAGCACAACCCUUCUAUGACCUACAUAUAUAAAUAUAAAGCUGAUAAAAUAAAUACCAUAAAUUAAAUACCAUAAUGAAAUUAGCGACAUGUAUUCAUUAAUCAAACGGUGUUCUACACUAUUAAUUGAAAACAUUUAACGCAGACACUUCGAGCUGCUUCGUUAUAGUUCCUGCGACGAGUGCGUUUCGAGUUAGUUAGUUGUGUAUUCUUCGCGGAAUGUUGCCGACGAUAGUACACGGAAGUUCAAACAAAAGAAAGUUACAGCACCGUUCACAAUUCUCACCGUCUACCAAGCACACCAGUGUCGAUGGUUUGGAAACGCAGUUAUAUCGCGCAGUUCAUUAUUUUUUAUUGCUCUCUGAAAUUUUUGUAAGCCUACCAUAUGACGCACAUCAACAUUUACCGACCGACAACAACAAUAAGCAUAGUAUAUGGCUUAUAUUGCACAUCGUUUGGUGCAUUACUAUUUAUGCCAGUCUCAUCGUGGCCAUAUACAGCGAGUCCACGAAUAUCAACAUCGACUUGCCGACAAUACAUAAGCCGUUAUAUUUUGGCGAAUAUCUAAUAUACAUAUUGCAUAUAUUCCUGAUUAUAACCAGCAGUUAUUGGGGCCGUCACAAAUGUCGACGAUUUUUGCAUAUUAUCGCUGAAUUCGAUUACACUUUAAUUGAUUUUAAGAGACAACCGAAGUACGAACGUUUAACGUGUUUCUUGCAAACUCAUGUGGUUUUGGUAAUUUUCUUUGUAUUUUGGACUGCCACCGUCAAUUACUUUUACAGCAAUGGCAUUUUCCUUAACUACAUACGAAGUCUCGUCGUCUAUCUGUUGCCGAACCUAAUAUUGUCCAUCUCACUCAUACAAUACUACUCGUUGUUGUAUACUAUCGCCCAGCGCUCGAGACGAUUAAACGAAAUACUAUUCGGAGAGCUUUCACAAAAUAAUAGUCCACGGUUUUUAAAUGAAAAACUACAACGCAUUCGACUGCUCUAUUCAGCUUUACAAGUUUUUACGAAGGAGGUGAAUAAUAGUUUUGCAUCUUCGGUGGUCUUGGUAUACAUUGGAUCCUUCACAAAUUUGGCGGUGAAUAUUUUUUUGAUCUACAAAUAUGUGGACGAGUGGAAUACGUCAGCAAUGUCACUGGUUUUUUACUCGUUGGUUUGGACAAUCAUGCACAUUGCAAAGAUGUUUCUGAUACUUUACUACAAUCAGAGUAUCCAGAAUCAGAACAGUAAUACAAUCCUAAUAAUGAAUGAAAUUGGUGGCCAAAAUACGGAAAUGGAGGAUACAGUCACCCAUUUUGUAUUGCAAUUAAUUAUAAACACGCGAACGAAUAUUGUCUGCGGAGUAGCCGAAUUAAAUCUCAAAUUUAUUACGACACUUCUAACAGCCAUGUCCACCGUUUUCAUAUUUUUACUGCAAUAUGACAUAACUUACGAGGCGCUUAAGUUAACGCAUAACUCGGGGAAUCCCUUGUAA